AUGAUGUUCUGUGCCAAUGACCCUGAAGUGUUUGUCCAAGCAGCACUGUUGGCUCAGGAUUAUUGCGAUGCCAUAGACCUAAAUUUGGGUUGCCCCCAAAUGAUUGCAAAAAGAGGUCACUACGGAGCAUUUCUGCAAGAGGAGUGGGAUCUUCUUCAGAGAAUGAUUUUACUGGCUAACGAGAAGCUCUCUGUUCCCAUCACAUGCAAAAUCCGCGUUUUCCCAGAAAUUGACAGGACAGUGAAGUAUGCACAGAUGCUGGAGAAAGCUGGCUGCCAGUUGCUGACUGUGCAUGGCCGAACUAAAGAACAGAAAGGACCGCUUGCUGGCGUGGCAUCUUGGGAGCACAUUCAAGCUGUCAGAAAAGCUGUAAGCAUUCCGGUAUUUGCAAAUGGAAACAUCCAGUGUCUCAGUGAUGUGGAAGAAUGUAUCCGUAAGACAGGAGUACAUGGUGUCAUGAGCGCAGAAGGUAAUCUUCAUAACCCCGCUUUGUUUGAGGGCCGAAACCCAUUGGUGUGGGAGAUGGCUGAGGAGUAUCUGGAGAUAGUGCAGAAGUACCCUUGUCCAUUGUCUUAUGUUAGGGCUCAUCUCUUCAAGCUCUGGCAUCACACGCUUCAAGUUUACCAGCAGCUGCGUGAAGAAUUAGCAAAAGUGAAGACUCUAGAGGGCAUUGUAGACGUCAACAGGGAGCUGAAACUGCGAUGCCAGGAAGAAAUAGCUAAUCAGAAAGAAGGAGAAAAGCCAAAAGAAGGGUUGCCCUUUUUCCACUGGAUCUGUCAGCCAUACAUCAGGCCAGGGCCAAAGGAGAGAUGCAAGGAGAAUGGAGCCAGUGGGUCUGACAAAGGUGUGCGAGGGAAACGUGCUCUGGAAGAGGAGGAAGAUGGAAAUUCUGAGCUUCUGUCAAAGAAUAAGCAAAAAAAGAAGUUAAGAAAUCCAAAUAAAACCUUUGAUCCAUCUUUAAAACCCAAAUAUGCAAAAUGUGAUCAAUGUGGAAACCCUAAGGGCAAUAAAUGUGUGUUUAAUAUGUGCCGAGGAUGCUGUAAGAAAAGAGCGUUCAAGGAGACAGCAGACUGUCCAGGUCAUGGAUUACUUUUUAAGACCAAAUAUGAAAAAUCCCUUUCAUGGCAGAGUAGUCAAAGAGUGAUUCAAAACCCAGAGAUCAGUCGGAGAGGAGAUAAAGAUGUGGGGAAGACUGCUGUACUGAAGGAGGCUGGUGAAGCUUCGGAAAUGAAUAGUUAAAGAGCUCCUGCCAGGCCUGUGCUUCCCUGGGCCAAAGAACAUGCCUCCAGCUCAUGGCCAGCUGUGUGAACGUGUGCCACAGGUUUAUUUUAAGUUCUGGAAAAGUUUUAUUUAAGUAAAAAGCUGCUUACUCAGGGAAUUAUCCUGCAUUUGAAAUAAAAAGGAUGCAAUCAAAUUUCUCAUGCUGUGUUUUAAAGACGGAAAAUGCUGCAUUUUUUUGGGUGGGGGCAACCUAUGUAAGCUUCCAUCACAAUCUGCCUCUUGUAUGUUCAUUAACCUUUCAUGUCCUGUUUUUAAUACUGGGGAAUAAAUUUCUUGUAUUAGAACAGCCUUCUGGCAUGCUGAAAAUAGCAAUGUUAAUGACUUCUUCACUAACAGAAAGUAUGUCGCAUUUGUCUGAGCUUCAGCCGAGCACGUUUUCAAUGCAGGAAGGAGUCUAGCUGUACUUGGAAAACAUGAAUGCAAAACUGUAAGAUGCUGCUAUAACCACAGUGUGUAGUAACAAUUAUGUUACACAGUAUGAUAAAGCUUAACGGUCUCCCAUGAGCCAAAGGUUGGGGGAAAAUUAAUCUCCAUUUUAAUAGGGCUCUCUGAAAUUAUGUGCUAGCAUUAGAACCAAGCCCAUGAACCUU